GUGGCUGCUUUCGGAGAGGAUGCGCAACAGGCUGGGCCCCAUCUGGGCGAAGCACAACGACUGAAUUUAGGCGACUUUUCCCCACCGUAGAUAGACUGCUAACGUGAACCAUUUAUGGUUUAUUUUAAUGUCAUUUCUACUAAGAAGGGUAGUUAGAUGAGAAUAGCUGCGCCCACGUUGUGUUUUAAGAGUACAUUCAGUUCGAGGCCGGGGCAUGGAUGUGGUACGGCCUACCAGCGGUGCCCAAGCGCAGGGGCUAGUGUCGCUGUUUCCCCCCGGACUGCAGGCUAUCUACGGGGAAUGUCGGCGACUAUAUCCCGAGCAGGCGAACCCCCUUCAAGUAACAGCCAUUGUAAAAUACUGGUUAGGAGGUCCAGACCCGUUAGACUACAUCAGCAUGUAUCGAAAUAUGGGCUGUCCAUCUCAGGACAUCCAGGAGCAUUGGCAUUAUGUAAGCUUCGGCCUAAGUGACCUGUAUGGAGACAACAGAGUCCAUGAAUUCAUAGGGUUAGACAAACCCAGCGGCUUUGGCUUUGAGCUCACCUUUAGACUCAAAAGAGAGACGGGAGAGACGGCACCACCAACCUGGCCCGCUGAGCUCAUGCAAGGCUUGGCGCGCUAUGUUUUCCAGUCUGAGAACACGUUUUGUAGCGGUGACCAUAUAUCAUGGCACAAUCCCCUCGACAACAGCGAAUCUCGUAUCCAGCACAUGCUGCUCACAGAGGACCCUCAAAUGCAACCUAUUCAAACUCCUUUUGGCACAGUCAGCUUCCUCCAGAUUGUAGGGGUUUGUGCAGAGGAGCUACAGGCGGCCCAGCAGUGGAACGGCCAAGGCAUCUUGGAACUUAUGCGAGGCGUUCGAGUUGCUGGAGGUCCCUGGCUGAUCACAGACAUGAGGAGGGGGGAGACCAUCUUUGACAUUGAUCCUCACCUACAACAGGAGAGAGUGGACCACGGCAUCGAGACAGAGGGCUCCAACCUGAGCGGGGUCAGCGCCAAAUGCGUGUGGGACGAUUUAAGUCGGCCGCCCGACGACGAGGAGGACAGUCGAUCCAUCUGCAUAGGGUCGCAGCCGCGAAGGCUCUCUGACAAAGACACAGAACAGAUCAGGGAGACCUUAAGGAAAGGCCUGGAGUUCAACACUAAGGCAGCACUACCCCCCAUCAACAGCCAGAGACACGACAGACCUCAAAGUCGAAAAGACAGUUUAGACAGUGAGAGCUCAACAGCCAUCGUUCCUCACGAGUUGGUUCGAACGCGACAGUUGGAAAGUGUCCAUCUGAAGUUUAACCAAGAGUCGGGCACAUUGCUUCCUCUCUGCUUAAGGGGUCGCUUGCUCCACGGAAGACAUUUUACGUUCAAAAGUAUCCAUGGAGACACGGCCAUUACAUUUGUGUCUACUGGGGUGGAGGGAGCUUUUGCUACUGAGGAGCAUCCCUACGCGGCCCAUGGCCCCUGGCUCCAGAUAUUGUUGACAGAAGAGUUUGUGGAUCAGAUGCUUGGAGACAUUCAUGACCUUAACACUUGUGAGGAUACCAAAUUACCAAAGGAGUACAGUUGGCCAGAGAAGAAGCUGAAGAUCUCAGUCUUACCAGACUCUGUGUUCGAUAGCCCUCUGCAUUGAAGAAGAGUAAUCACUACUAGCAACAACUCCAAACCUGCACAUAAACACUCUCUAUAGAACACUGACUUUGAGUUGACCUCCCGCUGACAAGUGAACUCCCAAAAUGACUGAUAAUCUGUGCGGAGCCUGCAUAUCCACAUGGUUGACCAUUUUCAUAAGUGCCUGCAGCCAGGCUGCGCCAAGUCUCAGAUCCAAAUUAAAAACAUUUCACAAUG